AUGAAAAAUAAGCGGGCUACUAUUGAGGAGCCCAGUGUUAUUGAACAUGUUCCCAAAGGUGAUGAAGUGCCGGAAGGCGGGAAAGUGGUAGAAGAGGUUCCCAAAUCUUUAAAGCCUAUUCCUAAACCUCCUCCUCCAUUUCCUCAAAGAUUGGCUAAGAAAGCGGAUGAUGAAAAAUUUCUUAAGUUCAUAGAGAAAUUGAAACAACUUUCAAUUAACAUCCCAUUGGUGGAAGCACUUGAAUUAAGGCUCGGGUAUACGAAAUUCAUGAAAGAUCUUGUAACCAAGCGGAGGCAUUCGAGUUUUGAAACAAUGGGAGGUCCACAUCAUUGUAGCUCUAUUGUAACAAAAGCUUUGGUUCAAAAUAAAGAAGACCCAGGAGGUUUCGCCAUUCCUACCACAAUUGGGAUGUACAAAUUUGCAAAAGCCUUAUGUGAUCUUGGAGCAUGCAUCAACUUGAUGCCUCUUUCUAUCUUUAACAACUUAGGUUUGGGUACUCCCCGACCUAUAACUAUGAGGUUGCUAAUGGCGGAUAGAAACGUAAAGAAACGGCCUUUCUUAGCUACGGGGCCCGCUCUUGUAGAUGUGAAUAGGGGUGAUUUAAAAUUUAUAAUGAAUGAUGAAGAGAUCACUUUUCAUAUUUUCAAAUCGAUGAGACAACCGACAGAUAUGAGUGUCGUGUCAGUUAUUGAUACAAUUAAUGAAGCCAUGGAGACAACUGUUGAGCAUGAAUAUGUGGGUGAGAUGUUAGCGGCGAUGAUAAUGAACUAUGAGGAGGAAAAUGAAGAUGAAUUUGAGGAAACAGUUAAUGCAAUGAUGGGGUUGGGUACAUACAAAUACAACCCCAAAAAAGCUUGA